AUGACGCGGCGUGCAAAGGAGCGACGUAUGGAGCGCGUUCGUUCCACAUUACAAUUGCGAGAAGAGAAGUUAGAACGAGAUCGUCGUCUGAGCUCUCGACCAUCGUGGAUACAGCUUCUGGCAGCUCUUGACGGUCCCUUCGCCAGCAGCACUAGUAGCAGUCUACACGUGUCUAACAGUGCUAACUUCAAGCAUCAGCCAUCGAUCGUGGACGAACUUCAGUGGAAGAGCUUGCAAGUACCCAUCGCAGCUUCAGGAGGAUUUCAACUACCCAUAAAGCUUGAUGCACAAAAGGGAGAACUACAUUACUCGUUCUCCACAAAAGAUUAUGACGUCAACUUCGGGGUGCAGAUGAUCGACGCGUACGGGAGUCCGAUUGAAUUGCUAGGCACACAGCGCUAUGAAAGUCAAAAACAGCAGGUAAAAGGAAAGCUUAGUCUCACGGGCCCCGGACUUUUGCUUCUUUUGUGGGACAACUCUUUCUCGUGGGUGAAUGCCAAACGGCUUGCAUACCACGUGGAACUGAAGCAGGAAGCGCUGCCUGUUUCUGACGAUGAGAAGACGCAGCUGGCACUCAAAGCACGAUUUGAACGCGAGCAGAAGUUUGUACACACUGAGGGCGAGUACAAUUUUCUGGAGACGCAGCUGCAGACGGAAGCACAGACAAUUGACCUUCUUCAUCAUCAGAUUGAGGAAUUACACUUGCAGUUAAAAAAACAUGAAGAGUGUAGAGAAAUAUUCAUAAAUGAGAAGAAAAAAGUCAAGAAUUCUCUUGAAGACCUCUACUGGGAGUUACGAGCACUGAGUUGGAGAUGUCUUGACCAAGCAACGCUGCAUCUUAUUAUGAGUUUCCUAACAGAUCAAGAUUUGACCGCGUGGAUGCUGACAAGCAAAAAGUGGUAUGAGCGAGGACACGUAUAUCAUACUGAGCUUCAAGAGAGUGCAGAAAGUUGA